CUUUUGGUCCUUGCUCUUUAAAGAAACUCUUCUUCCCUCUUCAACUCUUAUUUACUACUUCUGCCACCAUCAAAGAAGAAUAGCUGAAGCUUUGAUCUUCUGAGAGAAAACCAAGGGGGACUUUGACAGAGUAGCUUCUUAUGGAUGUCUUUGCUUUCCAUGGUUCUUUCUCCAUGUGGAAAGAUGUUGCUGGAAUCGCAGGCAACGUAUUUGCAUUUGGACUAUUCGUUUCACCAAUGCCAACCUUUAGGAGAAUCUUGAGGAACAAAUCAACCGAGCAAUUCUCUGGUUUACCAUACAUUUACUCUCUCUUGAACUGCUUGAUCUGCCUUUGGUAUGGCUCACCAUUCAUAUCCCAAAGAAACCUCAUGCUUGUGACUGUGAACUCCGUUGGAGCCACUUUUCAGCUUUGCUACAUUAUCCUCUUCAUCAUGCAUACAGACAAGAAGAAUAAGAUGAGGAUGCUUGUUUUGCUUCUUGUGGUGUUUGCUGCGGUCGGGCUGAUUGUAGCUGGAAGUUUGCAGAUACCUGACAAGCUCGCACGAUGGUACUUUGUUGGGUUCUUGAGCUGCGCUUCACUUGUCUCAAUGUUUGCAUCUCCUUUGUUUGUUAUUAACUUAGUGAUUAGGACUAAGAGCGUUGAGUUUAUGCCGUUUUAUCUCUCUCUAUCAACGUUCUUGUUGAGCGGUUCCUUCCUCCUUUACGGGCUAUUCAACAACGACGCCUUUGUUUAUACACCAAAUGGAAUAGGAACGGUUCUUGGUAUUGUGCAGCUAUCUUUGUACUGUUACUACCAUAGGAGUUCCGAAGAGGAAGAAACAAAAGAGCCUUUGAUUGUUUCUUAUGUGUGAGAGUCUUAAUCUAUGGUGGGGAAAAAAGAAAACAAGAAUGUGGUACAUACAAGAUUCUUUGUUGUUUUUUUAUUGUUGUCGUUACAUUGUGUAGCACCUUGUGUCCUAUAUCUACCGGCUUUCGUUCUCUCGUGGCAUCAAGAUGUUUAUCCUCUUGGCUUCUGUCAUGAUUGAAAGAUGGAGAUCUUUUUCAGUAUGGUUCCAUUGCUGAAGAUUAUCUGAGACCACAUGAAGAGUUCGUUUUUCUUUUUCGUGUGAUGGAAAUCUCUGGUGGGUAUAUUUGAAGAACAUUUGUCCAUGUGUUGUUUGUGUUUAGAAGAUUAUCUGUCUGCUCAUAAGAUUUUACAUCUUUGUAAAAAAAAAAUAUAGAAUACACUUUGCAUAUAUCUUGUAGCAAAUUGUUUGUUCAUAAGAUUUUGUUUUUCUUUGGCCUA